AUAUGCGUAAUUUGAGUAGCAUGGGAGGGCUUAAGUCGCUGCUGAUGGUUAUGGUCUGGUCUGGUCUGGUUGCAGAUUUGAAGUAAAAUGUUGGCCUCCGAUCAGAACUGAAGAAAUGGUUUGGGUAUCCCGCUUAUUGCGAGACAUGAUUUGUCUUUACAGCCCGACAACUGUCAAGAGGGUGUACAUCGCUUCAGAGGAAGUUCGAUGGAAUGGCUACUACAACACACUGCAGAUUACUCAAGAACGUGAAUGCAAUUUGUCGAACAGGAGGAGAGGCCCUGCAGAAUUACUUGAUUCUCUGGUAUGGCGGUGCUAGAGGAGCUUGGUGGUUUGAAAUACGUAAGGCUGGCAAGCGGCAGGCGGAUAUGUUAUAAAGAGCAAGGAGUACGUCGCGAAGAAGCAAAGCGGCAGUUGAUGGUACUCCAUGGUUUAGGUUCUUCCCGUCUUGCCAGUAUGCCAGGUGUAUCAGAUACAUUACUGAAGGCUUAUGGAGUGAAGAUUGUGGCAAUAGAUAGACCUGGUUAUGGUAGAAGUGACUGUGACACAGAGCAGACAUUCAAGUCAAGUGUACAGGAUAUUGAGGAGGUUGCAGAUGCCUUAUCAAUGGGAGAUAAGUUUUGGUUGUUGGGAUAUUCUUGUGGCGGCGCCUUUUGUUGGGCUUGUGCUCGAUACAUCCCUCAUCGACUUGCUGGUGUUUGUCUGUGGGCUCCUGCCGGAAACUACUAUUGGAAGGGUAUAUCAGAUGAAGAACGAUCGGCGAUGUGGAAGGAUCUUGUCUCCAGCAACAAAUUCAUAUUUGGUUUAGGGCGGAGAACUCCAAGUUGGAUACUUCGUCUUUAUACUCAGCACUUUGUUAGGCCAGGAUCUAACUGGUUCAAACGACUCGAGCAUACACUUUCAGCACCUGAUAGGCAGCACUUGCUGAUUUAUGGUCCAGAUGGUUCUCUAAUCAGGGACAACACGGAGUCAAUGACGUGGAACAAGGGCUUUGGAAUGUCGAAAGACAUCGAGCUCCUCAAAUCUGACUGGGGGUUUGAGCCCGAAGAUGUUGCAGGCGUUUACAAAGGUCCUUUCCACAUCUGGCAGGGGGUGGAAGAUAACCUGAUUCCAGUUGGAUUGCAGAGGUGGGUGAAGAGCGUCGUACCUGAACUGGUCGACUUGUAUGAGGUACCAAACGAAGGUCAUCUGUCGUGGUUUUGCUUCAAUUCCAAGGCACAUCAUAAAGUAUUUGAAGCAUUAUUUGGAGAAGAUGUACAGCUGAAUGAACAUUAACAACUGCUGAAGCAAAGGUACUAAGCGAUGAGUUUUAUGCUGAUACAGUAUCAAAAUACUCAUGUGAAUUGAUCUGUGUGGGUUGUCAUGAAAGUCAUCCCAACAUACUGAGUAGAAGGCUCUGCGGUCUGUGUAGAUUGUUUAGUUCUACGUAAGAUGUAUCUUUAAAAUUAUGAUAUGUCCGUCGUAUAAUUUGCAGUUGCCGGUGUUUUGUUGCACUAGCAUAUUUAGCUCGUUAACAUUGACUUUAAAUACCAUGACUUGGAGAUGAUUAUUCUGCAGUCCAUGAUGAUAAUGGGAGUUAAUGUACAGUAUUUUAGAUCAGUCAAGACACGGAACCCACAUUCAAUCUCACCAGUGAACAGAAGGGAGACUGGGAAAUUUAGGGUAGUCAAAGUGUUUCAUAUCUGUCCGUUUCAAAUGAAUAGCUUUCAUUGGAAACAACUAGACUCCUCCUUUCAAGAUACAUAAUAUUUUCGUCCCAAGAGUAACUACACACAUCUCCUCAGGCCCGGACUGAGUACUUAUAUUUGGUCUCUGAAUUAUGACCUCUGGAUUGUCUUCCGUAUCUGUGAAAUCCAAGCCUGCACAUCAUUUCCAGGGUA